GAACUUUGCUUUCUCAUUGUCAUGAAUCAAAAUCACUCUGUAUAUGUGUAGUCUUCCAUUAUUGAAAUGAUUGCAAGAAACGAAGGCUUUGCAAGUUGUAACUGUAAGUCUUCGAUACUUCUGUAUUUCUUGGGAGGAAAUAUUGCGAAAUCUCCAUUGCUUCUUCUUCAGCAAUAACGUAAUUGCUGAUUUUUCUGAUUAUUUUCUUCAUUCUCAUUUUUCUCGGAAAUCUGUUGUGUUGUUUGUGUUUAUGGUUGAGCUGAACAAAUCAGCCAACAGAUUCUGAUAUUGACGAAUUCAUCAGAGCAUCCAAUAAUCUUAGUAGCUGUACUAGUUUUGAGGUUUUCGAUCCUGAUAGAUUAGCAGUAAAAAGUACUCUCAUCAAGCGAAGCUGUGAUUACUACUUCAUUGAUCAGCAGCCGUAUCCAAAAAGAUUGAAGUGAUACCGUUUGAUUGCUUAAACCUCAUGAACAAAUAAUUCUUGGACUCGCUAUGGUUUUUCAGUUUCCAAAUUCAACAAACAGAGGUUCUUCAAGUCGCCAGAACAAGUUUGGUUUAAUGACUUAAUCUGUCUCCAAUAGUUUUGUAAUGGCUUCCACAGUAUGCAAAGCAAAAUAGCAUCUGGAUGGAAAUAUGAUGUGUUCUUGAGUUUCAGAGGAGAAGAUACGCGCAAAAACUUCACUGGUCAUUUGUAUUCUGCGUUGGAUCAGAAAGGAAUAUUCACCUUCAAAGAUAACCACAGACUUGAAAGAGGAAAGGUAAUAUCGUCAGAACUCUUUAAAGCAAUUGAAGAAUCUAGGUUUGCACUCGUUGUUUUUUCAGAAAAUUAUGUUUCUUCGACAUGGUGCUUGGAUGAAUUAGCGAAGAUUUUGGAAUGCAUGAAAGCAAUGGGUCAGAUAGUUUUGCCAGUUUUCUACAAUGUCACUCCAUCCGAAGUUAGAAAACAGUCAGGAAGCUUUGAGAAAGCUUUUCGGGAUCACGAAAAGAAUUUCAGGGAAGAUUUGGAAAAGGUGCAAAGUUGGAGGGUUGCCAUGACAAAGAUUGCUAAUAUCUCUGGAUGGCAUUUGGGGGAUAGGGAAGAAUCAAAAUUUAUUCAAGGCAUUGUUGACGAAAUAUCAAAUAAAUUGAGUUCUACGUUUUUAAACACAAAUGGCAAUCUGGUCGGAAUGGAGUCACGAAUGAAGCAAAUGGGGUCCAUUACUAGGUAUAGGUUUGAAUGAUGUUCGAAUGUUAGGGAUUUGUGGAAUGGGUGGAAUAGGUAAGACAACUCUUGCAAGAUCUGUUUUUGACAAGAUCUGUGAUCAA